AUGAAAAUCAAUAGGUUUCUACAAUUCAUUAUUGCAUUUUCAAUGUUCAUAGGACUUGAAACAAGUUGGGGUAAAACAUUAUGCAUUGAGAAGGAAAGACAAGCUCUUGUCCAGUUUAAGCAAGGUGUUAUAGAUGAGUACGAUAUCCUCUCAUCGUGGGGGAGAGAAGAAGAGAAACAAGAAUGUUGUCGUUGGAACGGUGUAAAGUGUAGCAACAAAACAGGUCAUGUCGUGAUGGUUGAUAUUCACUAUACACCACAACCUUUUCUAGAUGUGGAUCAACACUUGAAAGGUAAUAUUACUCCUUCAUUGCUUGAAUUGCAGCAUUUGAACUACUUGGACCUUAGUAACAAUGAUUUUGGUACAAGUCGAAUACCGGAUUUCAUUGGUUCAUUUCCAAGACUAGAAUACCUUAAACUUCAAGGUGCUAACUUAUCUGGUGAAAUUCCUUACUCAUUUAGUAACCUUACACAUUUGAAGAUUCUCGAUUUAUCUUCGAAUCAAAUUACAGGAUUGUUUCCAAACUUAACAAUGUUUUCAGCUUUAAGAGAGUUGUAUUUGAGCAAUAACAAAUUCAAAGGGAGGUUACCUCAAAGUAUUGAACAGCUUUCAAAACUCGAGAUAUUGAGAAUCAAUUCAAAUUCUUUCGAAGGUCCAAUCACAGAAUCACAUCUUUCAAAUCUUUCCAACUUAAAAGAGUUGGACUUGUCGUAUAACUCAUUCUCUCUUCAGUUGAGGCCUGAUUGGAUUCCUCCUUUCGAGUUACAAGUUAUAGGACUCUCGCAUUGUGAAAUGGGGCAUCGUUUCCCUCAAUGGCUACGAACUCAGAAGACGUAUUCAUAUCUUGAUAUCUCUUUUGUUGGUAUAUCAGAUAUAGCUCCUAACUGGUUUUGGGAUCUUUCUCCUGAAAUGAUUGAUGUACUUCAACAUUUCUAA